CGACCACAGAAUACGGUUGCACCGGAAAAGAAUAGGUUCUCUUCCGUCGCGGGAUUUCGCCAUGGCCCGGGGUCCUAAGAAGCACCUGAAGCGUGUUGCAGCGCCGAAGCAUUGGAUGCUCGACAAACUAACUGGUGUAUUUGCACCUCGUCCAUCGACAGGUCCUCACAAGCUGAGGGAAUGUCUUCCCCUGAUCGUCUUCCUCAGGAAUAGACUCAAGUAUGCAUUGACUGGAGAUGAGGUAAAGAAGAUAUGUAUGAAACGCUUCAUCAAAAUUGAUGGCAAGGUUCGAGUGGACAUCACAUACCCUGCUGGAUUCAUGGAUGUCAUCAGCAUUGAGAAAACAGGUGAGCAUUUCCGCCUGGUCUAUGACACCAAGGGCCGUUUUGCUGUUCAUCGUAUCACAGUGGAAGAGGCAAAGUACAAGUUGUGCAAAGUGAGGAAGAUUACUGUGGGGACAAAGGGAAUUCCACACCUGGUGACUCAUGAUGCUCGAACCAUUCGCUACCCAGAUCCUCUCAUCAAGGUGAACGAUACUGUGCAGAUUGAUUUAGGGACUGGCAAGAUAACCAGCUUUAUCAAAUUUGAGACAGGCAAUGUAUGUAUGGUGAUUGGUGGAGCUAACCUCGGUCGUGUUGGUGUGAUCACAAACAGGGAAAGACAUCCUGGUUCUUGCGAUGUGGUACAUGUGAAGGAUGCCAAUGGCAACAGCUUUGCCACAAGGAUUUCCAACAUUUUUGUCAUUGGCAAUGUAAGACUUACACUCUCUUUACUACUUUCUAAGAAGACUCACCCUAAAAAGCGUAAAGACCUGCAUCCACUAUUGGUGUUUGUCUGUUGGUUCUUGUCGUUUUCCUGUGUUAAAGUGCACAGAGUGCAGCAAGCUCUGUAUUUAGUCUCUGACCAGAAAGAAUACUAGAUCUAGAGCCUUGCGCCUGCCUCUUAAGGAGGUCUGUGUGAAGUGCCGGCACUGUCACAUAACAAAUUAAGUUAAACUCAGCCUUGCAAUUUCUGCAGGGCUAUACCACUGUUAUGUGCUGGAUUAAGGUCACUGUCUGCCAACCCCUCUGAGACUACAUCAUAUACCUCAUUAUUGAACAUGUAUUUGAUGAUGGAGAUUGAUGUAAGGGACUAUGAGUGAGUUGCUAAUUUGAGAAUAAGAGCAUUUACAAGCCACAUACCGCUUGUUAGUUUCCUUUACUCAUUCAGAAUGACCUUGCUCUGAAAUCUUUUGAGAGCUUUUCAGUGAAGGAGCACCUCUGGAGUCACACAGUAUCCUCACAUGAGAGUCCGUUACCCUGUGACUUAAGGAAGGGGCAAGGGAUUUAAUCAAAAGCUUUUCAUCAAGCAAUUCAGCCUUGGGAGCGGUAUCUUAACACUUGUACCCUGGCAGCUAUUUGAUACUUGAGAGAUGAUACGGUACAGAGGGGAAGCCUGCUGUUGCCUCUUUGCUGUGUCACUUGGCAGCUCUAUAGUUGGGCCAUUUCUCUUCUUAGUACUGAAUUAUGACACCUCAUUCUGUACCUUUGAAAGCAGGUAUAUCAUAUCAUCUGGUGUUUCUGAAGGAAUUGAAGGAGUGAGUAGAUGCAUGUGAAAGCUCUGUAAAGCUUAUGACAGGGAGCUGACAGUUCUCCACUUCAAAACAAUGAGAAGCUGAGGUUAAUGGCCUUUUUUUUUUUUUUCUCAGCACUGAGUGCCUCAUAGAAAAAGAUGUUCCUGAAAAGCUUCUUGACUGAUUGCUUCACACAAAAUAGAAGCAGGAAGACCUGUAUUCAGCAGCUCAGCAGUGGGGAGUGGGAGGAACACUGAGAGGCAGACAACCUCUCAGGAAACAUGUAUAAGGAAAUUUUUAUUUUGUUGGGAAUUUUGUUUGGCAGUGUUCCGUUAGCUGCCCCUUAAUGUAAAGGAAGGUACAAGGCAUGUGUGUUUUGGUGAAGUGUUGUUUUUUUUUCGUCUUUCCCUCGAGCUUUCUUUCAUCUCCUCCCUUUUCAUCCCUUUCUUUAUGUACUUAUUUUAUCUCCUUCUCAAUUGCAGGGUAAUAAACCUUGGAUUUCCCUGCCCAGGGGAAAGGGCAUCCGACUUACUAUUGCUGAAGAGAGAGACAAGAGGCUGGCUGCCAAACAGAGCAGUGGCUAAAUUACAGUAGUGGCAUAUUUUUUUCUUUGCACAAAUAAACAAUGAAUUCUUGUUUCCUAA